UUUGGCGCGUAAAUCCAAACCCUAAACCUUUGAUUUUCUCCCAAAAAAAAUAAAUCAUCAGUUCAAUUAGCAAAAUCCUUAAAAAUGGAAACUUUCAAAGAGCAAUUAGAGCAGAUAGAAACAAUUUUAUCAUCAAAUAAACAGUUAGCUUACUCUUCGUUGCUUCAUCUCCAGCAACAAUCCGGCACUGAUCCUUCUCUCGUUCGAUUGCUAGCCGAUUCGUGUUCUAUUAUCGUGCCCUAUAUUGUCGUUGACGUCUCCGAUAACGACGAGGAAAUUGCUGCUCAGGCUUUGAAGUGCUUGGGAUUUAUGAUAUACCAUCCAUCUAUAGUUGAAUCAAUCAAAGGUGAUGAUGCCAGGGCUAUUGUUGAUUCUCUCGUUGAGGUCAUUACAACCACCAAGAUUAAGUCUGUUUGCAACUUGGGUGUCUGGUGUAUAUCAAUGCAGCAGUUUAACUCAUUGCUUUUAGAUGCAAAUUUCCAGUCUUUGCUGAGGGCAAUUACUUAUGCCCUUGACAAUCCUAUUGGUUCUCUUUCAAUCACAUUUGAGGCGAUGCAGGCUGUAAUGAAGUUGGCGAGCACAUCAGCUCAAAAUAUGAGAGCCAUGUCAAACAUAUGGGCUCCUUCAGUCUAUAGAAGACUUGUCAGCGGCGAUAAAAGGGAAAAAGACAUGUCAGAACGUUGUUUACAAAAAAUCUCUAGUGUGAUAUGUCCUCCACCAGAAAUUCUCUCUAAGGGCCUUGUCAUAGAUUUGAAGAAAACUUUGCUUUUGACGAUGGAGGAGCUGCUGAACCAAGGCUUGAAGAUUCAAACUCUACAAGUAUGGGGAUGGUUUAUGCGUCUACUUGGACCUUAUGGAAUGAAACAUAAGCAUUUGGUCAACAAAUUACUUAAAAUUCCAGAACAAACUUUUACGGACCUUGAUCCACAGAUUCAGAGUGCUUCACUGGUUGCCUGGGAAGGUUUCAUUGAUGCUUUAAUCUGCUCACAACUUCAUGCUCCAGAAAGCAAUGCACUUGUAAAGAAUUCUACGGAUCAAACGGUAUUCAAAAGAAGUAAUCCAACUGAAUCUGAUGGGUUUUCCAAAAAGAUUAAACUUGUGAUGACGCCCCUGAUUGGAAUCAUGUCUAGUAAUUGUGAUGCAUCUGUCCAUGUAUCCUGUCUGAAUACAUGGUCUUAUUUUCUGUAUAAGCUCGACAAUUUAGCCAGCUCCGGUUUGGUGGUUAAAACAGUUUGGGAGCCCAUCUUGGAAGUUGUCAUCAAGGUUGGACCUGUCAAUAAAAAUAUAUGGUCAUGGAGUUUCUGCAUUGAGCUGCUCGAUAAUUUUAUUUCAGCAGGAAACAAAGAUGUAAAUAGUAAGUUAACUGAUCAGAAAGCUGAUCGGUUAUUUAUAAGUUCCAUUGCGAAACUUCCAGAAUCUGCAAAAUGCUCAUGGAAGUACUAUCCAAUUAAAUGGUCACCUUUGGAUCUUGGUAACUUGGAGUUUUUCCUAAACACGAUUCAUCGUCUGAUCACGAAAGGGUCAAAUAUUAUUCUAUCCCAUGAAGUCAGGACAGUGAUGCACGAUGCUGCCUCAAGUUUGUUUCGAUCUCUUCUGACAUCUGUUAAACAUUUCCUGAAGUCUGACCUUUUAACUUAUGACGAGGUUAUCUUAUCUGUGAAUAUGAUGUUAAAGUUGUUGAAGAGUAUAUAUGAUAAGAUGCAUUCAAGGGAUGGUGGUAUAGAUGAUCUGCUACCACUUUUACUUCAGCUUUUGGAGGCUUUCGUUGAAGAAUUAGAACCAUCAACAUUGCAAUCCCCUCUUUACAAGGUGGCACUAGACUUAAAUAUUGAGACGUCAGAGCCAGUCUAUAGAUUCAAAAGUGCGAAGAUACCAGAUAUCUGCUUUAUGAAUUAUAAGGAGAAGGUAUCACCAGUUGCAUAUAUUACUUUUCUGUAUUUCCAUGCAGUGACCAAGUCAACAAUGAAAGCACCUGAUUAUGACAUAGUUGAAGGGAUACACAGAUAUGUCAAGUUUUUGCUAUCUUCAUACGAACCUUUGGAAAUUCUCCAUCUCUUUGUUACUUUACUAUACACAGAGAAGAUGCCUCAAUGCUUUGAGAUCUGGGUAGCUCUGGCAAGUUGUCUGAAAGAUUAUUUAGAUAAUAAUAGCUUUCUCUCACCUGGUUAUGCUACAAUAAUACAUUUUCUGUGCUAUCCAUUUGCUGCAUCUUCUUUCUCUAAUGUGCAUUUCAGCCUUCAGCAAGUUAUUGGAGUAUGGAGACCACUUUAUGUUUCUCUUAGGGGGGCAUCAGAAAUUGGUUUUCCUACUCUUACUGAGGACCUGUACUCAAUGUUCUGUUCAUAUUUCAAUGAAACAUUGACCAAUGGUGAUCUUGUCACUAAACCUCAGUCAAGUGUAAAGGGUCAGGAUAUUGGUGCUCUCUUAUUGUUUGGAGAAGCGAUGAUAUGUGCUGUAGAACAAGCUUCUUUGACAGCAAAAUCUAAAGAUAAAGAGAGUGAAAGUUGGAGAUCCGGCAAUAUCAAGAGUAGCUUGGAAUUCGCUUCCUGUUUCGUGAAGCUAUCUUGGGUAAAGGAUGAAAUUAAUGCAUCAACCAGCCUCAUUUCCUCAAGGCUGCUAUCGUCACUGAUUCACUUUAUUGAUUGCUUGCACCUGGAGAAGGAUAUAACAUUAUUCAUUGAGAUUAUGACCAGUACUCUGCUACUGUGGUUGUCACAUUCCGAAGCUCAAGACAGUAACUGCAAAGAUCAACUUCAACAGUUAUGGAUUCAAACACUGAACUGUUUGCAGAAAACGCGACCAAUAAUAAAAUUCAAUUCCUCUUUUCUUCAACUCCAAGAGCCUCUUCUCGAGAAAACUCUUGAUCAUCCGGAUCCCAUCAUUUCCAACUCUACUAUUAACUUCUGGAAUUCUACGUAUGGAGAACAGAUCAAGUUAGAUUACCCUCAAAGCUUACUUUCAAUCCUCGACAAGCUGUCAAGGAAAGGAAAACUAAAACUCUGCAAAAACAGCCCUUCAGCCAAUGGUAAGGACAUUUCUAAUAGAUACAAGGCACCAACAACACUGCGUAGGUGCUCAAAACGAGUUGAACUCAUGGAGGGGAAUGACAAAAUGUGUUCAAGUUCAAAACGAAGACAUACUGAGCUGACUGAGCAUCAAAAAGAAGUGAGAAGAGCACAGCAAGGUCGGGGAAUGGAUUGUAGCGCACAUGGUCCAGGAAUCAGGACAUAUACCAGUGUUGAUUUCUCUCAGGGAAAUGAAGAAUCACAAGAAAGCCAGGACAUUAGAGAUGCAGACUCCAUAUUGGAAAUGUUGCGCAAACUUAAUUAAAAAACUUUAGUUCAACUUUAUACAAUGUUGUAACUUUAAUGUUAAUGCUUGUAUAUAUAUAUAUAUAUAUGUAUUUUGAUCUU